GUGAUCAAGGAACUGACCAUCCUUCAGCAAAAACCCUAGAUUUAUAAAAGCCCAUAAACCCCUGAUCAUUUCUUCUUCUCCGCGGCACAGCCACUCUUUUCCUAUUCCCCCACAAUGCCGCCCAAAUUCGACCCAUCCCAAGUCGUCGACGUCUACGUCAGAGUCACUGGCGGCGAAGUCGGAGCCGCCAGUUCACUCGCCCCCAAAAUCGGCCCUCUCGGUCUCUCCCCUAAGAAAAUCGGAGAAGACAUCGCCAAAGAGACCGCCAAGGACUGGAAGGGCCUCCGUGUCACUGUCAAACUCACCGUCCAGAAUCGCCAGGCCAAGGUCUCCGUCGUCCCCUCCGCCGCCGCUCUGGUCAUCAAAUCCCUCAAAGAGCCCGAGCGCGACCGCAAGAAGACCAAGAACAUCAAGCACAAUGGCAACAUUUCGCUGGACGAUGUUAUCGAGAUCGCCAGGGUCAUGCGCCCUAGGUCCAUGGCCAAGGACUUGUCCGGCACAGUGAAGGAGAUUCUCGGCACCUGCGUGUCUGUCGGCUGCACGGUCGACGGUAAUGAUCCCAAGGAUUUGCAGCAGGAGAUUGCCGAUGGAGACGUCGAGGUUCCAGAAGAUUGAGCGUUUUCGGAUUGCUACGGUUUGCUUCUUUUGUCCAAGUUUCAUAAAUUGGAAUGAGGGACUUACUUGGAAGUUUAUGUAUCUUUAGAUUUGAUGCUUUGUUUUGUUAUAUUAUUAGAUGUUUCUUAUGGGCUUGUAGUUGGAUGAUAUUGCACACAUAAGUUUUGUUUUGAAUUUUGAUUACAAAAUGAUGCAUUCUUUUUUGGUUUACUGGUA